AUGAGCGCCCAUUUAGAGGCGCCACGAGGGGAGUCGUGGGCUUCAAUUCCAACAGACUUGAUUCUCGCCGAGUUGAAGCGUCGCAAAGAUGAUGGUGAGAAACCAGAAUGCGGUUCGAGAACAAAAGGCUCUUAUGAUACUUCGGCGCAUGUAUUUGCAUUGAUACUGAUCUUGACCCUCAGCACGUUAGCAUGCGCAUUCCCUCUUUUCUCGCGACGAACGAUGCGCGGCCGAGGCCAAAAAACCGUGAUCUUCUACUGCCAGCACAUUGGAACCGGUGUCCUUCUGGCUACGGCCUUUGUCCACCUCCUCCCGACCGCUUUCGAGUCCAUGACCGACCCCUGCCUCCCCGAUUUCUUUAGCAAAGGAUAUACGCCGUUUCCAGGUUUUGUGGCUAUGGUUUCUGCUAUCAUUGUCGUCGGCAUCGAAUCGUACCUUACGGCCCGAGGAGCUGGUCACUCGCACUCCCACAAUCAUGGAUAUUUUGACUCGGACGAUGAACACGAGAGUGAGCUGCCCAUGAUGGACGCAGCUGGACUGUCUGAAAGGAGGCACGGGCCGCGACCGCCGGAUAUCCAUCUUGAGAACAUGGAGAGUCAGGGGCUAGUUGCUGGCGUGUCACCACUCCCAGGAUCUUCACCUCUGGUGGGACAGGAGGGCAAGAAGCUAAAUGGUGAUUUCAACGAUGACGACUCGGAUCUUGACUUGGAUAUGGAAGAGCUUGAACCGGCUGGGUCAAGCAGCACGAGACAUCGACAUGGGCCUUAUGCGUCGCUCAAGCCUGAGGGACCUGGGGCUGAGGAGGAGCCUAUGACACCUAUGACGCCAAUGUCUCCUGGACCACAGAACCCCGAAGAGCAACAAAGAAAGCUGCUACAGUGUCUUUUGCUCGAGGCCGGAAUUCUCUUUCACAGCGUCUUCAUCGGUAUGGCCAUCUCCGUCGCGACCGGCCCCGCCUUUGUAGUCUUCCUUGUCGCUAUCAGCUUCCACCAAACCUUCGAAGGCCUCGCCCUUGGCAGCCGCAUCGCCGCAAUCCAGUUCCCCCGCAAAUCUCUCCGUCCAUGGCUCAUGGUUCUCGCCUAUGGUACCACAACACCAAUCGGCCAAGCAAUUGGUCUUAUCGUGCAUCGUAUGUACGACCCCAAGAGCGCAGGAGGUCUGCUCGUGGUUGGCUUCAUGAACGCCGUGUCAUCGGGACUGCUCCUGUAUGCUGGCCUUGUGCAACUGUUGGCGGAAGACUUUUUGACAGAGAAGAGUUACAAAAUUUUGAAGGGCAAGAGGAGGUUACAGGCCUAUAUGGCUGUUUGUGCCGGUGCACUCUUGAUGGCUGCCGUUGGAGCAUUUGCCUAG